CCACAUUUUCCACAAAACAAAUCAACAUCAGCUCCGACCCCACAGUCACUCGUUUAACAUGGUCGACUGGGUCAAGCGCCUAUGGGUGAUAGGCACGUUGGCGCUCAUCGGGUUCAUCUCGUACUCGUCGCAGCUCUUUGUCAUCUGGCCAUGGUACGGCGCGGUCGUCAGCGUCGACCUGCUUCGGCUGCUCAUUCCAUUCAACCUCCUCGUCGGCAUGGUAUGGUGGAACUACUACCUCUGCGUCGCGACACCGCCGGGCCAUGUGCCGCAGGGCUGGCGGCCAAACCUGCAGUCGGCAGACCAUAUCGAAGUCAAGCGCGGCUCCCAUGCCCCGCGCUUCUGCAAGCAGUGCGAGCACUUCAAGCCUCCCCGCGCACACCACUGCCGCCAGUGCAAGACAUGCGUGCUCAAGCUUGACCACCACUGCCCAUGGAUCGCAAACUGCGUCGGCUACUUUAACCACGGCCACUUUCUUCGCUUCCUCAUCUGGGUCAGCAUCGCAACGUCCUACCACCUCCUCAUGAUGAUCGCCAAGUCGUACGAGUACGUCAAGAACCCAUUCGCCGAGCCCGAGCUCUCCGAGCUCCUCUUCCUCAUCUUCAACUUUGCCGCAUCCGUCCCGGUAUGGGUGUGCGUCAGCCUGUUCGCCAUCUACCAUCUCUACCUGGUCGGCAACAACACGACGACAAUUGAGCGCUGGGAGAAGGACAAGGUAGCCACGCUCGUGCGCCGUGGCAAGCUCGCCGAGAUCAAGUAUCCUUAUAACAUUGGCUUCCUCGGUAACAUGCGCUCCGUCCUCGGUGACAACCCCCUCCUCUGGCUUUGGCCCCAGAGCAUGCCCGGCUCGGGCAUGACAUUCCCCGUGAACGGCGACGCUGGUGGUGAGUCGGCGUCCGAGUGGGCCGAAGCCGUCGCGCCGGACCAAGUACCGGGGCGGAACCACGCGACAUGGAACAACGGGGCUGCGACCCCGCCGCUCCACUCGCACUCGGCGGCGCAGGCGCGGCUCCGCGCCCACCUCAGCAAUGUUGAGAACAUGGUAUACGCCGGCCGAGCCCUCCCCCGCCAAUAUUCAGAGGUGCAGUACUCGUGGCCCCCGCGCGACCCGACACAGUACCCCAACCCCCCACCCCCGAGUGGCAACGCAUUCAUCUACGGUAACGGCUUCAACCCUGCUCUCCGGGCCUCUAGCGGAGCGCGACGCGAGCGCCGUGAACGUAAUCAACAGCCACUCGAGCGCCGCCCGUACUCGCACGCCAACCCCAGCAACUAUGUGGCGCCGUGGGAGACGGACGUGGACGACGGCGACUCGGAGCCAGACUCGAGCUCGUCCCCCGAGCGAUACCUUUCCGACUAUGACGACGACGACGUGCCUCUCCGCGCAUACACAACCGCGACGCGUGUGCGGAGGGGCAGCGAGGGCUGGGAGGUGCGCCCUUCACCCGGGUGGUCGUCCGGCAUCAACGCGACCGCUGCGGCACUGGAGGACGUCGAGCGCGACGCCGCUCGCCCGCCAUGGGAGCAAGCUGGACGGUACAGGACAUAUGUGCCAUCCGAGGAAGGACAUGACCACUAG